UCCAAGUUCCAUGGCCAAAUUUGACACUAACAGCCGUGUAUAAUUUUCAACCUAGCUCUUUAUGUAUUUAUUUUGAUUAUAAAAUUAUAUCCUUCUUGAACAUGCAAUAAACAAUUAAGAAAUGCAGCUCAUUAUUUAUAAGCAUAUUUUUAUAUGAUUUACAUAUUAACCAAAAAAUGUUUGUUAAGGAUCCCUGCGGUAUAAUCUGUGUACUGGUAACUUAUGCUGCUGUACUCUAUGCGGAUUAUGUUGUAAUACGAUGGAUUGUUCUGCAAACUAUGUUCAAUAGCUUAUGGGGUCCAUUUAACGCCGUAGCCUUCAAUACGAUAGUCUUCUUUUUGAUAAUGGCACAUAUCAGGGCAGUUUUUUCGGAUCCGGGCGUGGUGCCUCUUCCACAAAGUCGUGUCGACUUUUCAGAUAUUCAUUCGGCUGAAACAGGUUGUGAGCAUGUCGAUUGGACUGUCUGUACCAGAUGCGAGAUGUAUAGACCGCCACGGGCGCAUCACUGUCGCAUAUGCAAGCGGUGCAUAAAAAGGAUGGACCAUCACUGCCCGUGGAUCAAUAAUUGUGUCGGCGAGAGGAAUCAAAAGUAUUUUAUGCAGUUUUUAGUGUAUGUCGCCAUUUUAAGCGGGUAUGCCAUUACAUUAGUCGUAGUUUCGUGGAUAAAGGAAUGUCCCGAUUGUGAUCCUACAAUAUUAAUUAAACAAUCACGAAUAAUGCACUGUAUAAUACUGCUGCUAGAAAGUGCACUGUUCGGCAUGUUUGUUGCGGCGAUUCUGGUCGAUCAACUGCAAGCAAUAUUCGGAGACGAAACGGGCGUCGAGCAGGUGCAACACAAAGGUCCAUAUCGAGCGCACAAAUCAAAAUACGCACUGCUGAGCGAAGUCUGCGGCCAGCAGCAUCCGUUAAUGUGGCUUCUUCCGUGCAAUUCCACUUCGCGACGAUUUGACACUCCACUAAUAGAUUACCAUAUUUAAAUGUUAUUUAUCGCCAGUGUGAAUGUUUUAGAGGCAUUUAUGUUACGUUUUUGAAAUUUUAUUAUCGUAAUAAUUAUUAUUUUCGGUAGAUGAUCUAUGCCUCUCUGCUAAUUUUGACAAUCGGCUUUAGCUCUUAACGGAAUUGAUCUCAUAGGUGGAGCAGAAAUGGCAUAGUUUAUCUACUCGGCUUUGUCAGUCUCACUUCACCGCUUUGUAAAUGUAAGUCGUGGUAAUUAAUGUAGGUACUGUAAUACCAAAGGACGAUAUUUAUUAUUUACAUAAUUAAUGUAACUAAUAAACAAUUUUUACAAUU